AUGGACACUGAACGUCUGUACUCAUUGGGAUGUCGUGUUAUGGCAGACUUAAAAAUUAAAUGUUGUUUCCAACCAGUCACAUAUAAUUUUAUUUUUCCAAAUGACAAAGGCAAAAAAUUAGUAAAAAGUGGACAUUUAAUUAACGUCGAAGAAAUAAAACCGGCUACUAAUCAUAUUGCACCUAGAAUAAAAGGACUAUGUAUAAGGCAAACUUCUAUUGAUGAAACUAGAAGAGUUAAAAAUACAUCUUGUGAUUGUCCUGCUGGCGCAGGAGUAAAAUGCAAACAUAUAUGUGGAUUAAUUUACUGCAUAAAUAAUGAGCAACUAAUUUCUAAAACAGACUUGCCCCAACAAUGGGRAAAACCUUCAAAGGCUGGAGAAUUGRAGCAGGGAUAUAAAAGACAAMAAAUAGGCCUGCCGUUCCUUCGGAAGCUCAAGGWGAAAAAAGGUUCGUCGUUGCCUGCCAUCAAAAAAUAUUUGGCCGCCAACUACAAAGUCGAUCCCGCAAAGUUGGCGCCAUUCAUCAGAAAGUUUUUGAAAGCCGCCGUCGCCAACGGUACCGUCGUUCAGACCAAAGGCACCGGAGCUUCGGGACAUUUCAAAUUGUCCGUCGCUGAGGCCAAACCGAAAAAGGUCGUUGUAGCCAAAAAGAAGAAAUCCGUCGUCAAAAAAGUCGAAGCCGCCGGAACACCAAAGAAGAAGAAACUCCCUGCCACAAAGAAACCCGCGACCGGCAAACCAGCAGCCAAUAAGGCAAAAAAAGCUGUUGCACCCAAAAAACCAAAGACUGUUAAAACGAAGAAGUCCCCUGCCAAAGCAAAAAAGCCAGCUGCCGUCAAACCAAAGUUGAAAAAGACUCCAACCAAAAAAAUCGCCGCACCCAAGAAGUAA